CUAAAACCCUAGCCGAGCCAAGAGAUACACACCCACCCUAAUCGAUCUCUCUCUUCCUGGAGCCGAGAGAAAAUGAGCGACGGUAACAUGGACGUCGAAGAUUCUCCAGAGGUUUCUUCCCUGGAGGCCUUAGUCGUCGAUGGUUCUUCUUUCUCAAGAAACCUAUCGAAACUCUCAUCCUCUUCCCGUCUGAUCCCGUCGAGUAAAGAUUUUCACUUCUUCUACAACUUCGACGACUUCAAGCGACCCACCGACGAUGUAUCUGCAACCUCGCAGUCACUUCUCGAGACGAUCGGUGAUUCCGAGCAGGUUCUGGGGAAAUCGAUUAGGUUCCCCGGGGACAUCGAAGAAGACGACGCCGAUGAUUGGCUCUGCAACGUCAACGAUGAGUUUCUCGAGAGGUUCGAUGUUUCGGUUGAUGAGUUCCAGAGGCUGCGGAAGAAAGAGGAAGAAAUAGGUCGGACUCUGUUGCCUCCUGCGUCUGAUUUUGAGGAGGAUGGGUUUCAGAUGGUUUAUGGUAAGAAGAAGAAACCUGUAGUUGGUGGAUCUGGUAGGGAUGGUGGAUCAGUGAUUGAUGUUAAAGUGGCUGAGAGGAGCUUAUCUGGUAAGGCAAAAGUUCCUUUCCAUGUACCGACCAUAAAGAAGCCUCAAGAAGAGUUUAACAUUUUGGUGAACAACGCUAAUCAACCCUUUGAGCAUGUUUGGUUGGAGAGGAGCGAGGACAAUCAGCGGGUUUUGCAUCCACUGGAGAAACUUUCAGUGAUCGACUUCGUUGGCAAUAGUGUAAGCGAGAUGGAACCUGUUAAGCCCCUCCCUUUGGAAGAGACUCCAUUCAAGCUCGUUCAAGAUGUGAAAGAUCUGAAAGAUUUAGUUUCUAAAUUGCGUACUGUUGAAGAGUUUGCGGUUGAUCUGGAGCAUAAUCAGUACCGAUCUUUUCAAGGAUUGACAUGCUUAAUGCAAAUUUCCACCAGAACGGAGGAUUAUAUAGUUGAUACAUUCAAGCUUCGUGUUCAUAUUGGUCCUUACUUAAGGGAGAUUUUCAAAGACCCUAAGAAGAGAAAGGUGAUGCACGGAGCAGAUCGAGAUAUUGUUUGGCUUCAAAGGGACUUCGGGAUAUAUGUCUGCAAUCUCUUUGACACAGGACAGGCUUCAAGGGUGCUAAAUUUGGAGAGAAACAGCCUGGAGUUUCUUUUGCAGCAUUUUUGUGGUGUUACAGCAAAUAAAGAGUGCGUUCUAGUCCAAUCUGUUUUCUUUUUCGUUUUCACUCUCAUCUUGACACUUGUAUGUCAACUUGUUCAUUGCUGCAGAUACCAAAAUGCAGACUGGAGAAUUCGACCUCUUCCAAAGGAAAUGACAAGAUAUGCAAGAGAAGAUACCCACUAUCUUUUGUACAUAUAUGACGUAAUGAGACUAGAACUGCAAAGAGUGGCAAAAGCUGACCAUCAAACAGACUCUCCCCUGCUUGAGGUCUAUAAACGCAGUUACGAUUUGUGCACACAACUAUAUGAGAAAGAGCUUUUGACUGAGAAUUCAUACCUUCACAUAUAUGGGCUUCAGGCAGCGGGCUUCAAGGCAGCUCAGCUUGCCAUUGUUGCGGGACUUUGUGAAUGGCGUGAUUACGUUGCACGUGCGGAGGACGAGAGUACUGGUUAUGUAUUGCCAAACAAACUUCUUCUUGAAAUAGCCAAGGAGAUGCCUCUUAGUGUUGCCAAAUUGCGUCGGUUGUUGAAGUCAAAGCAUCCUUACAUUGAGCGUAAUGUUGAUUCUGUUGUCAGCCUCAUCAAGCAUUCGAUACAAAAUUGUGCAGCAUUUGAGUCUGCUGCUAUAUCUUUAAAAGAUGCGUCUCCUGGAACUGUAAUGGAGAAUAUUGAACCUCUUAGUGAGAGGAAAGACAUGUAUACUCGUACAGAAGACGUAGCUUCUCCGAAUCUGCAGGAAAAUUCUUUGCAAGUUCAGAAUAAUACCUCGGGCCUAGUCACGGUUGCAGCAGAUGCUAGUGAACGGAAGGAUUUAGGGACAGGCUUGUUUGGUUCUGCUAAGGUUCCUGCGGCUGUUCUGAUCUCUAAGAAACCAAGCAGUGGUUUAGGAGCAUUACUGGGAAGUUCAGCCUCGAAAAAGAAAUUUCGAACGGAUAAGAACGUGAAUGAAGAGGCGAAGCUCGAACAGAUACGAUCAUCUGUAAACCUGCAAUUCCAAUCUUUUACCGACAAAAGUUCUGAGUCAAAGUCGGCUACUGGACCAUCACCAAAGGAGCCUGAAGAGGUGUCGACUACUAUGCCAGCCUCUGUUUCCAAGCAACAUGGUGUGACUGCGUUAAAAGAUGAUUCAGAAGAAGCCUCAGAAAUUGUUGGUACUUCUGAUAGAGUUUCAGAUGCCGAAGUAUCUUGUUUUGAGACAGAGAAUGUUAUACUGUUAGACGAUGGUGGUGGGAGUGGGAAGGAAGUUGAUGCGGAAGAUGAACCAAUGUCCCUCUCGGAGUUGUCCACAAACUUUCAGAAAUGCUUUAACUCCAUGAGUAAGAGCAACAAUAAGGCCCAAAAGCCCGAGUUCUUAAACAUAGAACCGUUUGAUUAUGAAGCUGCAAGAAAAGAGGUGACAUUUGGAGAAGGACAAAAGGGAAGACAAGGAGGAAAGAAAGAAGGUGGGUCAAAAGCAGGAGGUCAGAAGAAGGGGUCUGCUCCGGAACAGUCUGAGUUUGGGCAAGGAAAACGCCGUCAAGCCUUUCCAGCAUCCGGGAAUAGAAGUGCAACCUUCAAGAGUUAGACUCUCCAACUGAAUAUCUAAUCAAUGAUCUGAUCUCCGGACAGUCAGUAUUGGUAGGUUUUGUUUUGAUUACAAUUCAUUUUGGCUGUGGUCAAUGGUGACUUUGUUUUACUUAUUUACAUUGUCUACUACAGAUUUUCUCAUUUUUUAUGGGACUUAUGGAUACAAACUCUUUGGUUUGAAACAUCAAAAUCUGAUUCACUGUUCAAA